AUGUCGUGGCCUGCCCGCCGCCCUACUUCGACGGCCCCGCCGCCCUACGUCGUGGCCCGCCGCCCUACUUCGACGGCCCGCCCGCCGCCCUACGUCGCGGCCCCGCCGCCCUACGUCCCGGCCCGCCCGCCGCCCUACUUCGACGGCCCGCCCGCCGCCCUACGUCGCGGCCCCGCCGCCCUACGUCCCGGCCCGCCCGCCGCCCUACUUCGAAGGCCCGCCCGCCGCCCUACGUCGCGGCCCUGCCGCCCUCAGCUACGCGGCCCCGCCGCCUUCUGCUACGCGGCCCUGCCGCCCUCUGCUACGCGGCCCCGCCGCCCCUCGAUCGCGGCCCCGCCGCCCUCUGCUACGCGGCUCCGCCGCCCUCUGCUACGCGGCCCCGCCGCCCUCUGCUACGCGGCCCCGCCGCCCUCUCCUACGCGGCACCGCCGCCCUCUGCUCCGCGGCCCCGCCGAGCCGCCCAGCAGCAGCCGAGCCGCCGCCGAGCCGCCGCCGCCUGAGCCGCCGCCCGGGCCGCCGCCGAGCCGCCGCCGCCUGCGCCGCCGAGCCGGAGCCGCCCGAGCCGCCGCCCAGCCGCCCAGCAGCAGCCGAGCCGCCGCCGAGCCGCCGCCGCCCGAGCUGCCGCUGAGCUGCGACCGAGCCGCCGCCCGAGCCGCCCGAACCGCCCGAGCCGCCCGAGCCGCCCGAGCCGCCCGAGCCGCCGUGCUGCUGUUCCUGAGCUGUGUUCUUCUGCUGCUGACCUACCCGACUCUCCCAGCCCGGGCCAUUGACUUUGCCGUCUGGAUUGAAGACCUGCAGCUGUACUUACUGUGUGAUGCGAUAGAUGAGGUCUCUCUUUUUGACUUUGUCUCUGGCGCUGUUCCUGCCCCACCUGCUGAUGCUGACUCUGCCGUUCGCUCCAAGUGGGCGACCCGCGAUGCUGCUGCACGUCUUGCUGUGCGUCGCCACCUCCCUUCCUCUGAGCGUGCCCACUUUAGUCAGUGCAAGUCCGCUCAGGCCUUGUACGACGCUGUAGUUGCACGCUACUCCUCCCCUUCCUCCGCUACCCUUAGCCGCCUCAUGCUACCGUUUCUCUUCCCUGACCUCGCUUCCUUUCCCACUGUCGCUGACCUCGUUACCCACCUCCGUGCUAGUGACACCCGCUACCGCGCUGCCCUUCCUGCUGAGUUCCGCGCUGCGAACCCUCCUCCCAUGUACAUCACCCUCUACUUUCUCGUCACCCGUCUCCCUGAGUCCCUUCGUGUCGUUAGGGACCAGUUUCUCUCUGUCUGUCCCACCACUCUCACUGUCGACCUCCUUGAGGAGUCCCUGCUAGCGGCUGAGAAGAGUAUUGUCGCUGUAGGGGCCUCUCGGGGUGACCCUCGCACCCCCAUCUUUGAGGGGUGUGGUCCUUCCCCCCUGCUGCCCUCUGUCGCCUCUGCCGCUGCGGCCGACCUCACUGGUUUUGAGUCGGUCGGCGCGGCGUCUGCCCCCAGCGGCAGACGCCGCUCUGGCAAGAGCAAGGGGGGCAGGGGAGCGGGUGGAGCUCGAGGGGGCGGUGGAGGAGGCGGUGGGGGUGGCGGGGGGAGUGGGGGUGGCGGUGGGGGUGGUGGCGGGAGUGGAGGUACUGGUGGCGGCGGUGGAGGCGGAGGUGGCGGCGGAGGUGGUAGCGGAGGAGGCGGUGGGAGCGGUGGGAGCGACGGUCCUGGUGGGGGAGGUGGCGGUGGAGACGGGGGUGGCGGUGGAGGCGGGGGUGGCGGUGGAGGCGGGGGUCGGAGUGGCUCGUCCCAGCGGAGCAGCUCUGGGGGUGGUCAGCGCCAGCAGCAGCAGCAGCAACAGCAGCAGCCGCAGCAGCAGCCACAGCAGCAGCAGCGCUCUCGCACCGUCCCCGACCCUUAG